AUGUCCGAGCGAAGUGCGUCCAUCCAGGCUCCGACUCGCUUCGGGGUGUCGGGUGGGUCCGAUCAAUCUCUGACGAGCGCUUCGUCUGGGACGUUCACGUCGAGAGACGGCUCCUCACUUUCGUCCGGAUGGAGUGUUGGCAGGUUCGCCGGAAGCCACAUGCCCAUGGCGAUGAUGGCCCAAGGUGGAGGUGUUCCGACUGGAGAUGGAAUGGCGAUGUGCAUCAAGCGUGAAGUGGUUCCGCUCGCCCCGACGCCAGUUGACCAGGACGAUGUCGUUAUCGGAGAACAAAGUCUGGAAGCCACUCGCGUCGAUAUGGCCACCGUCGAAGACCUUCGUCCGGAAGCUCUGACAGCGAGGACGAUCGCGGUCACCAUCGGAGUUCCAGAAGUCGACACUCGAGAAGGUCGGACCGACACUCUGUCCGGACGCUCGGGUAGAUCCGCUCGGUCGCUUCGGUCGGAGUCUUCAGUCGGAUCGCGGUCAUCGGGUGCCACGCAGAUUGCCUUGAACACAAUGAGGCAGGUGCAGGACGCGGUGUCCCGCAUGGAGAACACUCAGGGCUCGACACUCGAGAAGCUUGGACUGGCGCUGAAGGCAGAACUUGGACGGAUGGUGUCGUCCCAUGACGACAGCCAGGCUCGCCGCGGGGCGGAGACUCUGGAAGCGCUGCGCGUGGAAGCUGCUCGUCUGGAACGUGAGCGGUCUGAGGCACUGCUUGGACACUACCAGGCCCACUUGGAGGCGCGCCAAGCCGAAGAGGCCGACCGCACGGCCGCCAUGAUGGCCGUCGUCCAGCAGGACUUGCACGACUUGCGGAUGGAUCGAGACCAAGAGCGACUGAAGGCAAAGAUUCUUCAGAAGUAUCUCGUGGGACAGUUGCGCAACCUUCAGACGACAUCGGCCCAAGAUCAAGGAUCUGCGGGAAAAAUCCAUCGAGAAUCCAGUGGCGUAAUCAACGAGCGUACAAGCGCGGGGCGUAUGGGACAGGACAUGAAGAACACCGACGAAUUCCUGGCGUCCAAACUGCAGGAGACCUUGAACGCGGCUAAAGCGGUGAGCUUCCUGAAGCCCGCUGCGGCACAAGCCCAGAAGGUGGUCGCCUCGAAGGUGAAGGCAGAACCUGUUUUCGAGUCAAAGCCCCCUGCGCCGACCCGAUCGACGUCAGGCAGAGUGUCUGGAUGGUCAUCGUCUGGAACGUCCAUGUCGCCCGAGCCGCACAGGCGUGAGUCGUCGCGCAAGAGGAAGACUGGCAAGUCUCGCCGUCAUGGUGAUCCGUCGGACUCCGACCCGAACUCGGACUCUAGCUCUAAAUCGGACUCAAGCAACAGUUCGGACAGCAGCUCGUUUGGGGACACGACGCCUGGAGUGACUAUGAAGACUGCGGAAGGAGGCACUACGGUGUACACGUUCAAACCGUUUGUGAAUUCGAACACGCUGGAGGACUUAGAUCCGAAGGCCUCGUUGGCGACCAGGAUUCGGUGGCUGGAGCGGUUCCAAAUUAAGGUGUACGAGAUGAAACUCAAGAUGCCUGCACCUGUUCGGAACUGGAGAGCAAACUUGGAGCUGAAGGUGUGUCGGGACUGGAAACGUUUUCUGAAGGCAUUCCGCGAGAGGUAUUGCAAGGCCAACACCUCAGAUUCGGAGCGGUACUACACGAUGAUUCAGAAGAAAUACGAGACGCCUCUCGAGUUCUACUACCGGUUGAACAAGGUCGCUGAGAAGGCUGGCCUGGACUUCAAGUCGUCCAGCAAGGCUCGAAAACGCCAUCUGAAGGUGUUUAUGAAGAAGCUUUUGGACACCAGACUGCGAUCGACCCUUCAAGGUCAGCGGAUCCGAAGCUUGAAGGAUGUGGAAGAUCACCUGUUCGAUGGAAUGAAGCGUGUGGCGAUGGUCGAUGGAGCUGUAAAUGGACGUCGAACUGGAAUACUCCUGGACCCCGGAACGUCGGCAAGCGUAGUGAGUCUGAACCUUGCGCGUGGGCUCAAGCUCAAACUUCGCUUCUCUAAGCCGUUCCGAGGCGCUGGCGACACAUCGGACGGUACGGACGACCCGGAGACGCAUCAGCCGCUGACCAACAAACGCGAUGACAUACGCGAGGAGCAUUCGGAGACGGACCAGUUUUCUUCAGGCGAAGUUUAUCCAGACGGGGACGAGUUUUUCGAUUCUAUCUGUCUGGAUGAAGUUGACUGGGGCGAUGGUCUUCCGCACGAAGAUCGUGACCUCAGUGAAGCCGCCAAUACAGACGCGCUGGGGAUUCCAAAUGACCAGUGCAAAGCUGAUUUCGAAGGCGACGCAUACGUAGUCGAAGCCAUUUUGGAUCUCCGAUGGUCCCAAGAUUCGUGCACGCCCUGCCGGAGCCGGGAGUACCUAGUCAAACUGAAGCGCUGCACGAAAGCGAUGUGGUUUCCGGAAUCCCACCGUGACCGUGAACUGCUCUGCGAUUUCGAUCGUGUGAACAACACCGGAUGCCCGGUCCAUUAG